AUGGCGUUCAACUUCAAUUGGUCUCCGCUGAUCGCAGACACGGAGCGUGUUCGCGACAUGCUCACGAGCGCUCUGAACAAAUCGCCCAAGCCUCCUAUCAUUGUCGACGAUAUUAUUGUCAACGAGCUUAAUCUGGGGUCAACACCACCCGAGUUGGAGAUUCUGGAGAUUGGCGACCUGGCAGAAGACCGAUUCCGAGGCAUAUUCAAGAUGAGCUACACCGGCGAUGCGUAUCUUACUCUCAAGACCCGGGUACAAGCGAACCCGUUGAACACAUACCUCUCCACAAAGCCGAGCUUUGCGAGUCCACAACCCUUGGCAGCUAGCAGCAGCUUAACGAUACCUAUACAAAUCACUCUGUCAGAUAUUCGAUUAUCCGGCUUUGUGAUUCUGGUCUUUUCCAAGCAGAAAGGGAUAACAAUAGUAUUCAGAAACGAUCCGUUGGAGAAGCUAAAGGUCUCUUCUACAUUCGACUCGAUACCGUUUGUUCGGGACUAUCUGCAAAAAACGAUUGAGAACCAACUGCGGGUGUUGUUCAUGGAAGAUCUUCCGGCCAUCAUUCAUCGCUUGUCCUUGCAGAAGUUCAGCCCWGAACAUCAAUCAGCGGACUAUCAAGAAUUGAGAAAGAGCGCCGACUGCCAAAGACCUGUAGAUCCAUUCUCUAGUCCAUCGCAACAAGCAGUGGCCGACGAUGAAGAUGGCAGCUCGCCAUAUUCGCUGGACAACCCUGCCGAAACAUAUGCUUCGUUUUCGCAAAAGAACUUGGUACGAUUAGCUGCUCUUACGGAAAGUCAGCGUACAUUGAGUCUGUUCACCCCAAGCAUCCGGGAUACUGUAUAUCGCGCAUGGGCAAGCGCAGCGAAUCGUGACGAAGUCAGCAACGGCACCAAUGCGCYAGUCCGACCUAACACCCUUUCGAGACUACAGUCUUCCAUUGGAACCCACAGCGCGACGCCGUCUAUAAUUUCCGGCGCAGGUUCCGACGCUACUAGGCCUAGCUUGAAUAGCAUGUCAUCAGCUGCGACAGUGUAUAGUUUAGGAACCGGCGCCCCAAGAUCGCGGCCCGGCAAGAAGAGGAAAAAUAGGAUCGUCAAUUUGAGGAAGACCAAAGGCGAUGCAAACGACCCUAGCGACACAGCAAGUCUCGCCAGCAGCUACGACGACAGCGCAACGAGGAGCAACAGUGGUUCGGCAAGAUCGAGCAUAGUCAAGGUAAAUACAGAGGCAACGACCGCGCCAUCAAGUGGUCUCAGAGAAGGCGAGAUUGUCACCCCACCCCGAAGUCCACCCAAGAAAGCCGUUGGCUUCCAGCAGCAUGGUCAGCGGACUGCAGAGGGAAGAUCCMGGCCUACCACCCCCAGGGAUCCAGCGCAAGCCCCUCCCGCUGUGAGAGAUUCCGAUCGAACACCAAGAGCCUUGAUGGUUCCCGCGAAAGAACUAGCGGCAGAGAAGCGUCCCGCGAUGAAUCAGCUGCCCAGAAUGCAAGCCUUUCCAUCCCGCUCUCCCUCGCCUGAGCUUCGUCGAUCUUCAUCAACGGAAGCGAGACGCUCCUCAUCUGAGCUCAAUCUGCAAAAGCUCGUUUCUGCAUUUUCCGAAAGCGGCAGCGGUGGUAUCCUCGAACAGGCAUGGAUGCACAAAAUGGCGACGGAGAUAGCUAAAAAGGUGGAGUCCGAGCGAGCCAAGCAACGGACGUGGCGUCCGAGCUAUGAGGAUGGUAUCGCGGAAAGCAGCGAAGCGCCUCCGGCAUAUGUUUCUUAA